AUGCAACUACCCCCUCGGCCAGACUUUGACAUUGCCACGCUGGUGGCAUCAAUAACGGUCCCGGAAACCGAGCUGGUGCUCGGUCAAAUGCCUCUCGGUGCUCUCGAACAACUAUAUCAAAACAGACUGCGUCUGGCCAUUCUGUUUGGAGUCAGAGUAGGAGCAGCAGUCCUGACCCUCAUUGCCAUGCAUCUGAUCAGCAAAAAAAACCGCACCAAGAUCCUCUUUUUGGCCAACCAAAUGUCGCUUAUCAUGCUCAUUAUUCACGCGGCUCUGUACUUCCGCUUCCUGCUAGGACCCUUUGCCUCGAUGCUCAUGAUGGUCGCCUACAUUGUGGACCCACGGUCCAAUGUUUCCAACGACAUCAGUGUGUCUGUGGCCACCAACGUGUUUAUGAUGCUGAUGAUCAUGUCCGUGCAACUUUCUCUCGCGGUUCAAACUCGAUCAGUUUUUCAUGCCUGGCUCAAGUCUCGAAUCUACGUUACCGUGGGGCUCAUCUUGCUGUCCCUCGUCGUCUUUGUCUUCUGGACCACUCACACCAUCGUCUCGUGUAUCGUGCUGACUCAUCCGACACGUGACUUGCCAAGUAUGGGCUGGACACGGCUCGCCUCCGACGUAUCCUUUGCCUGCUCAAUUUCCUUUGCUUCUCUCGUGCUCCUGGCCAAACUCGUCACCGCCAUCAGAGUCAGAAAAACCCUGGGCAAAAAACCCCUGGGAUACACAAAGGUGCUGGUCAUCAUGUCGACACAGUCACUCGUCGUGCCUUCUAUUCUCAUCAUUGUCAACUACGCUCUUCCCGAAAAGAACUCGUGGAUUCUCUCCGGAGUGGCCUAUCUCAUGGUCGUUCUGUCUUUGCCCUUGUCUUCCAUCUGGGCCACCGCAGUCCAUGACGACGAGAUGCAGAGCAAUUAUCUCCUGAGCGCGCUGAAAGACGGUCACGUGCAGCCCUCCGAAUCGAAACUCAAGACAGUUUUCUUGAACAGACUGAGACCUUUCUCGACCACUACAAACAGAGAUGACGAGAGCUCGGUGGACUCCCCGGCCAUGCCUUCUCCCGAAAGCGACGUCACCUUUCUCAACACAGGUUUUGAAUGUGAUGAGAAAAUGUGA